CUCCCAAAAUCCAAGUUUAUCCCUCUCUUCCUCUCUCUUUCUCACUCCCAACUAUAAAUAUGUGCCCUCUGUUGUUGCGGUUUCUCAUUCCGGCAGAAAAGAAGCAAGGCCUGAAACUCUGAAAGAAAAAAACUGAAAAGCUUGUGAAGGGAAGCCAUGGGAGAAGCGCCUUCACUCUUCAUUUUGCUUGCAGUCUUCACCUUCCUUCUGAUUCACAUCAUUAGGCUGUUCCCAUUCACCAACUCAUCCAAGUCGUCUUCUUCUCCACCCACAUAUGGCCCCAAAUCUUACCCCAUCAUUGGCUCUGCUCUUUCCUUCUAUGCCAACAUCCACCGCCUCCCCGAAUACAUGACGGGUCUCCUCCGCCAGUCCCCCACCCUCACCAUCAUCAUCCACCGCCCGUUUGGCUCCAAAAUGCUCGUCACUGCCAAUCCCGCCAACGUUGAGCACAUCCUGAAGACCAAGUUUCAUUCCUAUCCCAAGGGUCCCGACUCUUAUGCCAUGUUCCACGACCUCCUCGGCGACGGCAUCUUCAAUGCCGACGGCGAGACCUGGAAGAUGCAGAGAAAGAUAGCCAGCCGUGAGUUCAGCACUCGUUCCCUCCGUAAAUUCGUCGAUACCGUCGUUAAUUCAGAGAUCUCCGGCCGCCUCCUCCCCCUUCUCAGCUCCGCGGCAGCUGGAAAAACGACAUUAGAUCUCCAGGAUGUGCUUCAACGAUUUGCGUUCGAUAACAUCUGCAAGAUUGCUUUCGGCUCCGACCCCGGCUGCCUUGACCCCUCAGUCACUUCCUCUGGGUUCACCUCUGCUUUUAAUCUGGCGGCACGGGUCACCAGUGUUCGUUUCAGAUACCUCUCUCCAGUGGUUUGGAAACUCAAGCGUGCAUUCGGUUUGGGGGACGAAGGCGAACUAGGAACCGCUGUUCGCCAGGUCGAUGAAUAUGCAAGAAAUCUGAUUCGCAAGAAAAAACAGCAAGGGAUCUCUUCGACGGAAGAUUUGGAUCUUCUGUCGAGAUUUAUGAGCACCGACGAUGUUGGUGAGGAUUUCCUCAAAGACAUAGUCGUCAGCUUCAUACUUGCAGGCAUGGACACAACUUCUGCGGCACUGACAUGGUUCUUCUGGCUGCUCUCUUCCCACAGAGGCGUGGAAGAGAAGAUCCUGAAAGAGAUAUCUGACAUUAGAGAGGAAGCACUCGGCCUCGAUGAGACAAAGGAGAUGGUUUACUUGCAUGCUGCGAUCUGUGAGACCAUGAGACUCUACCCGCCAGUACCAGUCGACAGCAAGUAUGCGGCGGAAGACGAUGUCUUCCCGGACGGCACUGCGGUAUCGAAAGGUUCGAGGGUGAUCUUCGAUCCUUACGCCAUGGGCAGGAUGGAGAAGCUGUGGGGGAAGGACUGCGAGGAGUUCCGGCCGGAGAGGUGGCUGAAGAACGACGAUGAAAUGGCAGGGAGGAUGAAACUUGUCGCCGAUGACCCGUACAAGUACCCGGUGUUUCAAGCUGGACCCAGGCUGUGUCUAGGGAAGGAAAUGGCCUUUCUUCAGAUGAAGAGCAUCGCCAACGCAGUGCUCAGGCACUUUAAGGUCGUGCCGGUGCCGGAUUUUCAGCCAGAGUUCUAUGCCUCCCUCACAAGCAAAAUGAGGGGCGGUUUCCCGGUAAAAAUCGAAGAGAGGAAAACGGGUGUGUAAGUGGAAGACUGAGACGAUAUAUUAACGGUAGCUUCAAGCAAAGUCCUUAAUUUUCCAACCAUAUGUUAGAACUUAGAUCUUAGUUCUAGUCCACUUGCGUUUCCUUCCCUGACGUAAAUGUUGUUUGUUUUAUACCCUUUUAAGUGUUAUAUAUAUUAUCGUUUGCACUAAAAAAAAGUGACAUUUAUAAGAAUCAAAUAUAAACUGCACAUCAAUCAAGCCAGGAACCAGGCACAUGCUUUCUAUCAACGUGAACACAUAAAUGUUAAGAAUAUGUUGUCGGCCAGCACACCACAAUAAUUUAACGCUUCGAUGGGGGCGGUCCCCUUGUUCAAUUGGAGGCAAACCGGUUCGAUAUUAUGGCCAAUGCAAGAGCACAAUGUGUCAUUUUCAAUAUGUUUCUGUAUUUAAAAAUUUUUCUUCUAUAGAAAUUUUCAUUUAUUUUUCA